AUGAACUGGGCACAUCGCAAGAAGAGUCUGGCCCGUGGCUUGCUGAAAAAAUACUCAGCUGCUGACUUUUCUGAGACGCUUUCUGAGGACCAGGUGCCGGAAGCUUUCUUGGCAAUGAUCCUCAUACAGUUUGGCAGCAUGAUUGUGGACCGCGGCAUCUACCUGAGAAAAACCAUGUUUGGCAAGUGCUUGUUUCAGGUUGUGCUUGUCAUUGGAGUCCACUUCUGGCUGUUCUUCAUUCUUCCUGGAGUAACCAAGAGGAGAUUCUGUUUAAACUACGUGGCUCAGAUUUGGUACCUGGGCAAAUGUAUUUACUUUGGCCUGUCAGCCUAUCAGAUCAAAUGUGGCUACCCAAAUCGUAUCCUGGGAAACUUUCUGACCAAAAACUUCAAUUUCCUCAACCUCUUUCUAUUUCAAGGACUGGAUGAGAGUUCAGGCCUUGGGACUUUGAGGGGUGAGACGGAAGCUAUGGAGCCAAUAUUCCUGGAUUUUGUUUCCUCUUCCAGUUUUCGAAUUGUGCCCUUCCUUCUGGAGCUGAGAGCAGUUAUGGACUGGAUAUGGACUGAUACUGCCCUCAGCCUGUCUAGUUGGAUCAGCCUGGAGGACUUGUAUGCCAAUAUUUUCAUCAUGAAAUGCUGGAGGGAAUCUGAGAAGACCCUUUUUGCAAUGAGCUCUCAGCAGCAAAAUCUUGUCCCCUUCUCUCAGAAAGCGUUUGACAACCUGACAGCUCGGUAUGCUUUCCAUCCGGCAGCCAUGCAGUUCAUAUCGAACUAUUACCCAGAGGACAUUACUGUGGCAAAGAUGAAAAGUCAUGCCAGUCUACUCUGGAACAUCAGCCCUGCCAACCGGGCAGCCAUGAUCAAUGAGCUCUCCAAUGCCACAGCUAUUUAUGUCACCUUGACGUGGACCAUUCAGAGGUACCUAGAGACAUCCAAUCCAGGACACUUUCUCCAUGUUUAAGCACCUGAUGACAUUUCAGGAUCUUCAGGUGAUGGGACUUCAAUCACUUGUAGGGCUCUACA